AUGUCUGCAUCAUUUGCGUCUAUGACGCCACCGUCGGUGACGGAUGAUAUGCCCCGCCCUAAGCCGCUCAUGGUGAGCAUUAAGGUCUUUGGGGGGAAGGAUGGAGAGAAUCUCCUGCUUUGGGUGAGAGAGGUCGAGAUAACCAUCGCAUCCGCCAUGCUCCAGAGCGAGCAACAACAUGAUGCGCUAGCCAUCUCAAAGCUCGGUGGUCGAGCGCGAGAAUGGGCACUGACGUGCGGCACUUCCAUCGAGGCUGCGUUUCCCUCCUGGGCGGAGCUGAAGUUGCAGCUCUCACGAGUGUUCUCGACGACUAAUCAGGCAUAUCGCGUGCGAUCGCGUUUCCUCGCCGCCCGACAGGGCAUCAAGGAGUUGGUGGACUUUGUCCAAGAGAUGCGCACUCACAUUGCCGGGAUAGCAGCAGAUCCCAUUCCGGAGGCGGUCACAGUGACUGUCUUUAUGGAAUACCUCCGCACUGGUGUGGACAGAAUGGAAGUCUUCCGUGUGCAUCCGUCUUCGUUUGAAGAGACGGUGAAUGUGGCAUUGAAUGCCGAACUCAAUUUCAAGUCGGCACGAUUUGGUUGGAAUGCACACUCCAAUAGUUCGUCGAGCGGGCCUGUGCCCAUGGAUGUCAGCUAA